CAAGAGGCAGUGGCAGAAAAUUGACAUGGGCAAACAACAAAUAUGGAACUUGCUGAAUUUCAAGUCUACAAUAAAAUCGAUCAAUAAAGUUCCACAGAACAUGAUGCAUUCUACACCUGUGAUUUUUAACCUAAAAAAUAAGUGUCAGGAUAUGAGAAAUUUUCCAGUAUUGGAAGGUGAAAUCCCAUCAUUCUGUAGACAUAUAUUUGAGGGAAAUAUGAAGAACAGCGAAACAUGUAUUCAAAGAUAUUCAGAGCUGUCUGAGAAGAUCAGCAAAAGCAGAACAAAAAGUGCAAUAUUGAUUCAUACACAGAGGACAAAGAAAUUGCUUGUUCACGAACGCUUAAAAUUGCUUCUUGAUGAUGAAUCUUUUCUUGAGCUUUCUCCUCUUGCAGGGCUUAAUAUGCCGUAUGGUGAUGUUCCUGCUGGGGGAUGUAUCACUGGAAUUGGAAGAAUAUCUGGAAUCUGGUGUUCUUUCAUGGCAAAUGAUUCAUCAAUAAAAGGUGGAACCAUUUAUCCUGUUACCUUGAAGAAAAUACUAAGAUGUCAAGAAAUAGCAAUUAAAAAUAAACUUCCAUUUGUCUACUUAGUAGACAGUGGGGGAGCAUUCUUGCCACUUCAGGCUGAGCUGUUUGCUGACAAAUUCCAUGGCGGCCGAAUGUUCUAUAAUCAGGCUGUAAUGUCUGCACUGAAAAUCCCUCAGGUGUCAGUUGUAUGUGGCUCUUGUACUGCUGGAGGUGCUUAUACUCCUGUGAUGUCAGAAGAAACAUCCAUUGUAGAUAAAAUUGGGACAGUGUUUCUCGGUGGUCCCCCUUUAGUUAAAGCAGCCACAGGAGAAGAUACUAAUCCUGAGGAAUUAGGAGGAGCCAGUUUGCAUGCUAAGGUCAGUGGCUGUGUUGAUCAUUUUGCAUCUUCUGAAAAAGAAGCAUUUGAAUAUAUUAAAAAUGCUAUUUCAACACUGAAUUAUGUAAUUCCCAUAGAAGAGAUUCCAGAAUUUGAUAAUCCCUUGUAUGGUGAUGAUGACCUCCUAGGACUUGCACCACAAGAUUAUAGUUACACAUUACAUAUAAAAUUGAUUCUGAGUCGGAUAAUAGAUGGCAGCAGAUUCCAAGAAUUCAAAGCUAAUUAUGGUAUAACUUUGGUAACAGGAUUUGCCUACAUAGAAGGUGAACUAAUUGGAAUAGUGGCUAACAAUGGUGAGCUGACACACAAUGCUUCUCUGAAAGGUUGCCACUUCAUACAGCUUUGUAGCCAAAGAAACAUUCCUAUUCUGUUUCUCAUGAAUACUGUUCCAUGUACUGCAGAGGCAACCAAUCCCAUACAGGCAGAAGAUCAAGCUAACAGGUUAAAGGCACAGGCCUCCAUGAUGGCUGCAGUUGCCUGUGCCUCUGUACCAAAGAUAACAUUUGUGAUUGGUGGCUGUUUAGGAAGUGAAAGUUAUGCUAUGUGUGGAAGAUCGUUUGAUCCAAACUUUCUGUUUCUUUGGCCGAAUGCAAGAAUUGCUCUUGUGGAUUCAAGACGUAGUUUCACAUUCAAACAGCUAUGGAACAAUAACAAUUCAGAACCAGAAAUAGACUUAAAAGUAUUAAAAGAAAAGCUGCAAAAGGAAAGUAAUGCUUUUUACUCUUCUGCCAGGAUCUGGGAUGAUGGAGUAAUCUUGCCCCAGAAUUCAAGGAAGGUUAUUGGACUAUGUUUAAGAAUUAUGAAGCAACAAAGAUACCGGAUAGUGUCCAUGCAACAAUCUUCUUUUCCUAUCAUGAGAAUGUAAGCAAGUAAAAGUACAGACACUCUCAAGUCAACCUUGACUCCUCUACCCACUAUGACACAUCCAUCUAUGAUCUUGGCAACAAUAUAAAAGAAAAGCUACUGACUUUCUUCCAAAAUGUACUUUUUACUUCCCAAUGUAACUCCAAUGUUAGAAUACUAUUAUGUAGAAUUUAUAUAAUCAGGAAAUUAUUUUUAAAGUCUCAAAAAUUUAAAGCAAUUGACACUAAAUUUUUCAACUUUGGAAAACACUUCAAAAAUGCCAAAGACUAGCAACCAGCACCUCAAUCCUUAUAAGAGAUUAAUCCAGAAGUUCAAAAUGUAUAUAUGUGCCAGAAGUAAGGAAUAUACUUUUUAAGGGAUCUUCUCAUAUCUUUUCACCAACAUAUAGCAUUUAGACAUAUACCACUUCACAGUGCUUUACAGCCCUCUCUAAGCGGUUUACAGAGUCAGCAUAUUAUUC